AUGUGUCCAGUUUAAAAACAUUAAAAAAUGAUUGUAGGAUUCUGUUAUUUCGAAAAUUGUAUAGAAGAUAAAAGGGUCAUGUGUAUAGAAUGUUUUCAAGAAUAAAAACAUCGUAAUCAUAAAGAUUAGGGAACAAUAGACUUAAUAUUCGAAUUCAUAUAAAAUAAAAAAAAAGACUUUUAAGAUGAAAUUAUUAAGCUUGAAGAAUUGUAUGGAAAGCUUUAAUUUAAUUUUGAUAAACUCAUAAAAGGAUUGCGUGAGAAAUAUUUAUUAUCAGAAUUACAAAUUUAGGAUUUUGAUGGAAAUCAAAUACAUGAAUAUUUAUGUUAGUUGUUAACAACAAGAGAUUUAUCAUUGAAUAUAAAUGAAAUUAAAAUAAAUCUCGAAAAUUUAUUUCAGAAUAUAGAGGAUUUAAUAAUUGAAUUCAAUAUCUCAAAUAAUCAGAAAGAUGAAAAUAAAACGGAUUAUUACUUUGAACAAGGUAUUUUCAAACAAUCAUGAAAUUAGGUUAUUAAUUAUAUCUAAUGAAUGAAUUUGAAUCAGCAAUAGAAGCCUUAGAUUAAUCUCUUUAACAUAAUGAGAAGAAUAUUGAUUCUUUGUGGUGUAAAUGUAAUUUUCACUCAUUUAUUUUUAGCUACUUGUUUAAGUUUAUUGGGGAGGUAAAGUGAGGCAAUCAGAUGGAUUGAUUUAGCCUUAAAUAUUGAUGAUAAGCAUUUGGAUUCAUUAUGUCGAAAGUGUAUGUAAAAUUAAUAUAUAAAUAGCUGAAUGUUUAAAUUAAUUAGGAAAAUACGAGGAAGCUCUAAAAAUUAUAGAAAAAGCAGUUGCUGUUGAUCCUAAACAUAUUGAUUCUUUGUCCAUAAAAGGUAAAUGUACUUGUAAUUGACAGCUGAUUGUCUAAGUUUAUUAGGAAAACAAUUAGAAGCUCUAAAAGUAUUAGACUCCUUUUAAAAGGUAAAUCUAUAAAACAUCGAAUUGUUUUGGAGAAAAGGUAAAUUUAUUUCAAAUUUAUCAGCUGAAUGUUUAAGUCUUUUAGGUAAGCAUAAAGAUGCCUUAAAUUUGGUUGAUGAGAUUUUGUAAAUUCAACCUUAACAUAUAAAUUCAAUUUGGAGAAAAGGUUUAAUUAAUAAAUGAUUUUUAGCUUGGUGUUUAAGCUUUUAUGGAUAGUAAUAGGAAGCUAUUAAAUGGAUAAAAUAAGGAUUGGAGAUUGACUCUUAAAAUUAAAAUCUUUUAAAAAUUGGAGGUAUGAUUAUAAUUUCAUAGAUAGCAAAAUGCUUGAGUUUAUUGGGCAAAUAAUAGGAAGCACUUGAAAUGAUUAAAGGAAUCAACUCUUAUGAUUUACAAACAUUAAUAAUAAAAUGUCAGAUUAAAUUUCAAUAUUAAUAGCUGAAUGUUUAUUUAAUUAAGGAAAUUAUUAAGAAAGCUUAAGAGUUCUAGAUUAAGCCUUGAUUCAUAAUCCAAAUAAUUUUGAUUUAAUAUUUAAAAAAGGUAAAAAGUGUGCUAUUUCAUAAGCUGAAAUAUUAAUGAAAAAAAAAGAAUACUUCCAAGCUUUAUUGCAAAUAGAUAAACUUUCAGACAAUAUAUAAAAAAUAGUAGAUCUAUUGUCUAUGAAGGGUAUAAAUAAAAAUAUUUUUUAAAUUAGGUGAAUGCUUAUUUAUGACUGAUAUGGAAUCUUAAGCAAUUUAAUAUUUAGAUUAAGCUUUAAAUUUAAAUCCAAAGCAUGUAAAAUCAUUGUUAACAAAAGGUAUUUCUGGUAUUUAAAUUUAGGAAAUUAUUUAUUUUUCACAAAAAACUACUAGUAAGCACUUUAAUAAUAUGAGCAAGUAUUGAAAUCAACUCCAAGUCAUUUUGAAGCUCAAGAUAAAAAAUAACAAUGUUUAAAGAAUUUAAAGAAAAAAUGAUAUUUUAAUCAUAUUUGUUUUUAAUUUCACCAGGAUAAUAUUCAAUUUAACUAUUUCAAUUUAAAUUUGNAAUUAAUUAGGAAAAUACGAGGAAGCUCUAAAAAUUAUAGAAAAAGCAGUUGCUGUUGAUCCUAAACAUAUUGAUUCUUUGUCCAUAAAAGGUAAAUGUACUUGUAAUUGACAGCUGAUUGUCUAAGUUUAUUAGGAAAACAAUUAGAAGCUCUAAAAGUAUUAGACUCCUUUUAAAAGGUAAAUCUAUAAAACAUCGAAUUGUUUUGGAGAAAAGGUAAAUUUAUUUCAAAUUUAUCAGCUGAAUGUUUAAGUCUUUUAGGUAAGCAUAAAGAUGCCUUAAAUUUGGUUGAUGAGAUUUUGUAAAUUCAACCUUAACAUAUAAAUUCAAUUUGGAGAAAAGGUUUAAUUAAUAAAUGAUUUUUAGCUUGGUGUUUAAGCUUUUAUGGAUAGUAAUAGGAAGCUAUUAAAUGGAUAAAAUAAGGAUUGGAGAUUGACUCUUAAAAUUAAAAUCUUUUAAAAAUUGGAGGUAUGAUUAUAAUUUCAUAGAUAGCAAAAUGCUUGAGUUUAUUGGGCAAAUAAUAGGAAGCACUUGAAAUGAUUAAAGGAAUCAACUCUUAUGAUUUACAAACAUUAAUAAUAAAAUGUCAGAUUAAAUUUCAAUAUUAAUAGCUGAAUGUUUAUUUAAUUAAGGAAAUUAUUAAGAAAGCUUAAGAGUUCUAGAUUAAGCCUUGAUUCAUAAUCCAAAUAAUUUUGAUUUAAUAUUUAAAAAAGGUAAAAAGUGUGCUAUUUCAUAAGCUGAAAUAUUAAUGAAAAAAAAAGAAUACUUCCAAGCUUUAUUGCAAAUAGAUAAACUUUCAGACAAUAUAUAAAAAAUAGUAGAUCUAUUGUCUAUGAAGGGUAUAAAUAAAAAUAUUUUUUAAAUUAGGUGAAUGCUUAUUUAUGACUGAUAUGGAAUCUUAAGCAAUUUAAUAUUUAGAUUAAGCUUUAAAUUUAAAUCCAAAGCAUGUAAAAUCAUUGUUAACAAAAGGUAUUUCUGGUAUUUAAAUUUAGGAAAUUAUUUAUUUUUCACAAAAAACUACUAGUAAGCACUUUAAUAAUAUGAGCAAGUAUUGAAAUCAACUCCAAGUCAUUUUGAAGCUCAAGAUAAAAAAUAACAAUGUUUAAAGAAUUUAAAGAAAAAAUGA